UUAUCCCACUAUCAUUUUAUUACUGCAAUAGAGGACAAUAAUUCGUUAUUGAGAGGGAUAGCCAAAACUACAACACUACAAAUCAAGAAUAUUAGAUAUUCCUAUAAAUACUAUCACCAGACCCUCACAAUUUCACAUAUGAUUUCAUGCUUCGUAUAUAAAAUGAAAACCUCUGUAGUUUCCCUUCUUUAUUUUUCUCUCUUCUUCCUCUCUCAAUUCUCCACGUCUCUCUCUGAAAGGUGCCAUCCAAAUGACAAAAAAGCCCUCCUAGAAAUCAAGAAAGGUCUAGGCAAUCCCUAUGACUUGAUCACAUGGGAUCCAAAAACCGAUUGUUGUACUGAUUGGGCUGAAGUCACUCUCUCAUGUGAUGACAAAAACAAUCGUGUUACUUCCCUAAACCUCUUUAAAAUUGAAGACGUCGGCUACCUCUCGCCCGCGUUCGGAGACUUGCCGUACCUCCAAAGUUUGGACAUCAAUAAUGUGCGCAAUCUCUCAGGUCCAAUUCCGCCCGCAAUUGCCAAACUCUCAAACCUCACAUUCUUAAGAAUUAGUCAAACAAACAUUUCAGGACCUGUCCCUGGAUUUCUUAGUAAGUUGAAAAAAAUAACAUACAUCAACUUGUCAUACAAUAAGCUCGCUGGUACUAUCCCUCCUUCACUUUCUCAACUGUCAAAUCUCGAGUUCCUACGUUUAGACAGGAACAAACUUACUGGACCAAUCCCAGAAUCCUUCGGCAACUUUGCUGGAAAACUCACGUAUCUUUACCUUGGCCACAACCAAUUAACCGGGUCUGUGCCUAAAUCUUUUGGUGGUUGGAGUUUUCAGACAAUUGACUUGUCUAGAAACAUGCUUGAAGGGGAUAUUUCUUUCUUGUUUGGCAAAGAUAAGACAACUUUUGAAAUGCUUUUAGAUCAUAAUAAGUUUGCAUUCGACUUCUCGAAGGUAAAGUUUGGGAAAAGAUUAUGGAGGUUGGACUUGAACCAUAAUAAAAUUUAUGGGAAUCUUCCAGCAGCUAUAACGAAACAACCAUGGCAGCUCUUCAACGUGAGUUAUAACAGGCUUUGUGGGAAGAUUCCACAAGGUGGGGAAAUAAAGAGUUUUGAUAUUUAUGUUUAUCUCCACAACAAAUGCUUGUGUGACUCUCCAUUGCCACCAUGUAAAUCGUGAUUAUUUGGUCUGUCAUUUCUUUUGAGAAAUAAGAGUGGAUAGUCUACUCCGUGUUUUUGUGGUCCUAUAUCUAUUUAUGUAUUUCAACCUUUCUCCUUUUACGUCAAUAGGCCAGCAAACUUAAGAUGAGGCUGCCAAAUAAGUCAAAAUGUGAUUUAUGAAUGACAAAGUUCUUUGUGUUUUAAUUUA